CUGUCUCUACUUGAUAAGUGUUGCCUUAUCUGUUCAAAGUUCUAACUCCAGAGGCUUUAAUUCUUUCCCUGGUGAGUUAGUUGUCCAACUGCUGGGCUAGAGUGUGAAACUAACCUAAGAAACUCUCAGAGCCAUCAUGGAAAUGAACACUGGAGGCAUGAGGCAAAGAAGCUCUCGGGAGCAGACCAGGGGAGAAGAGGAAACACAAUUACUCAAUGGAGAGGAUGAACACCUGGAGAAUGUCAUUGCCCACAGCCAAUGGAAGAGACACCUGGAGGUAAUGAAGGUGAAUGUCCUGGAACAGGUACACAAUCAGCUGAGUGAUCUCUUGGACAAGACCUUGGAAGAAGCAGCUCAUUCCAUACCCUGGCAUUUGAGGGUGGCCCCAGCAAAGAAGCAAAGCAGAGAGAAAGGUCAGCUACUGAAGAAGAAAGUCUUUGUCCCUCAACAGUCAUUGUAUGACACGCUCAUGGAAGUGGAAGAUUUCUGCCCAAUCCGACACAUAUUUGUGGCCAUGCUCUGUAUCUUUGUGCUCAAACAAAUCAUUGGGGAUUCCAUCGACGAAGGACGAUUCCAUCAACGGUUUGGCAACCUUCUGCGAGUCCCCGGACCCUGCUGCUUCUUCUCCCAGGUUCUUGUUUUGGAUUUCGAUCUCAUUAUCAGUAGCUUUCGACAACUCCCCACAGCACUCUUUGCCUGGCUCUGCAUGUUCCUCUACACCUUAUGUGUGCCCUACCAGGCCCUGCAAAUAUGGUCAGGCUGCUUGAAGAUGACCAGGUUCCCCAACCUCUUGACAGUCACCUUGGUGGUGCUGGUGCUGCUCUGCCACACUGCAAUGCUGGGCUUCUUCCCCCUCUAUAUCCUUCUCUCCUGUGAUUUGGGAAUUGCCUCCCGUUUUAUUGUCCUCUCUGAGCAGAUCCGGUUCCUGAUGAAAAGCCACUCAUUUCUGCGAGAAUCGAUGCCCCCUCUUCUCCAUGCCAGGGACCAAGUUGGGAAGAUAAGCCCUCCUGAAUUAUCAACCUACUUGUAUUUUCUCUUCUGCCCUACUUUGAUCUACAGAAAGAGCUAUCCGAGAGAUCCAUACAUCCGCUGGAGUUACGUCAUCCAAAAAUUGGUUGAGUUCCUGGCGAGUAUAUAUUUUGUGAAUUUCCUUAUGAAAUACUCCUUCAUUCCUAUGUCCAAAAACAUGCAUAAGCAGCCCUUCACCAUCAAAAUCCUGCUACUUUCCAUCUUUGAUUCAGUAGUACCUGGGAUAACUUUGGGAAUCAUGAUGCACUAUUUCUUCCUGCACUGCUGGCAAAACAUGUUUGCCGAGAUCCUGCGCUUUGCAGACCGUUCUUUCUACAAGGACUGGUGGAAUUCCAGAUCAUUCUCUGGAUUCUUUCGGACAUUGAAUGUGAUUGUACACGACUGGCUGUACUAUUAUAUUUAUCAAGAUAUUCUGCGGCUGUUUGGAGGGAGAGCCCGAGGUGGAGCUAUGCUGAUUGUCUUCCUUCUCUCAGCGGUUGUCCAUGAAUACCUAUUCACCUUGGCCUUUAGCAUGUUCUUUCCUGUCAUGUUUGUGCUAUUUGCCACGAUAGGAGUGUUGCUUAACUUUGUUCUCAAUGAUAAGAGAAAAAACCCUGUCUGGAACAUCAUCAUAUGGAUAGGCCUCAUUUUGGGCACGACCACCUUUUUCUCAUUAUACAGCCAAGAGUGGUUCGCACGUGCCCACUGUCCACUCAAGGAGAAGACCUUCUGGCAGCUAGUGACUCCACGUUCCUGGUCUUGCCACCAAUAAGCAGCUAUUUCCAGCCUACCCUAUCUUACUUUGCUUCAAAAAAGACUUCUGACAAAGAUAGCACAUUACUCUGCUGCUGUGGCAAGAAGGACUCUCAGCACAUCCACCCCCUCCAUGAAAAGCUGUAUUUGGCAAUUCCUCACCUGAAGGUGCUAAAAUUUGGUUUGCAGGUUCAAAGUCUCUCCCCUAAUGGAGACAAAGAAAUGUAGCAUUUAAUAAAACAUAUAUAAAGAUCCAUGCUGUGUCAAGUACACCUCCUAGCUUUAAUCCAAACUCUGUUGCUUUUAAAUCAAUAGGCAGCUUUCCAGAUACUGGUGAAAUCCAGCUCCCAUUAGCUCCAUUGAUGAGGAAUGAUGGUUACUUAGAGUGCAACAAUACCAGAAGUACUGCUUAUAUUUCCUACUAUUAGACUUUCAUUCAACAUUCACUCUAACAGUGAAUGAAAGGAGCCUGACGUACCACCAGCAGUAUCCAUUCAAUGCCUACUGUAUUGUGUGAAUGAUUUUUGAAACUAUAUUUGGAGAAAGGGGAUCCCCAAACCACAAGAGAAUAAACUGCAAUAUGAGACAAGGGUAAAGCCAUCUGCUCACCAUGCCAUGUUUCUCAUCCAAUGAGAAAUACAGUAUAAUAUUUAAAAAAAAACCUUUGGUCACAAUCCUGAUAGUGCUUCAAUUGCUUCUCUCAAUGUAACAAGAAAGUGACAUCUUUUGUUUCACUGCAGAGGCUGAAGCAUUGUCUGCAGAGUAUUUGGAUGUGUGCACAGCAUUCAAUCAUGUGGAUUUUAUUCAAAAUGAUGCUAAAUAGGCAAUCAAGAGAACAUUCUUAUUGUUAGCACAAGAUUUGUUUAGCUGAUUCUACAAUUAUGUUUUUAAUAUUGGAGGAAAGGGCAGGCACUUUGAAUAAAAGUGUAUUGACAUUCA